AUCCAGCCGUAACCUGGAACAAAGCAAUGAGCAGAGUCAGCAGGGUCACAUAGAUAAGCUUCCACUCCAAACCCCUCCAAACGGCCACCACUUUUAUCCAAUAGCCUGGUCUCAUUCUGCUCCAGAAGUACUGCUGGCAUAUAUAUAUAUGUAUAUACAACCCAUUCGAAGCCUGAAGCCCUUAUACAUUCGGGCCUUAGCAUCUUUUCCUCCGCCAGCACUCUUUUUACAUUCCAUUCCUCUGACUGCAAAAGUUUUGGUGAGAUCUAAUUGGUCAUUUCAAUCAUUUCAGAGUGGCCACCCUUUAAAUAAGCUUGUUAUGACUGGGGAAUGUGUAUAUAUAUAUAUAUAUAUUUAGAUGUUCUUGACUAAUUUGGGUGUAGAAGAUUAUUAGAUAGAAUGAUUUCUGAAGGAUUAUGUGACACUGAAGACAGGAGUAACGGCUGCUGAAAAGUGCCAUCACAGAAAUAAAUUAGAUUUUAAAAUGUAUUAAAAAGAAAACAGACAUUUUAAAUUGUAAUAACAGUUCACAGUAUUAUGGUUUUUAGAGUAUUUUUGAUUGAAACCCAUUUAGUGAUUUCCGAGUGGCUCCGUUUUAUUUACAUGCUUUUGUCUGAUUUGAGUAAAGAAGAAGAUUCUCCCAAGCUUAUUGCUUUAUACCAAAGACCAUUUAAAAAAUGUCACAUGACUGAUUUCCAAAAGUUUCUAAUGGUUUAUAGCAAGGAGGAAUUGACUGUAAGAUUCCAGAAUUAAUCUUGAUUCAGUAUUUCAUUUAAGCUCAACUUCUCUCUGUUCCAUCAUUUGCAGCUUCAGCCAUGUCACAUACUGCUGUGCAAGGAAGUAUGGGGAGUCGCUAUGCCACGGGAAUGAGCUCCCAAAGAAUAUACCUGUUUGAGUACGAGAAUUUCCAAGGGCGCAUGAUGGAGCUGAGUGGAGAGUGCCGUAACAUUUGUGACAAGGGGCUAAACCGUGUGGGCUCCAUCAGAGUGGAGUGUGGGCCAUGGGUGGGUUUUGAGCAACAGGAUAUGACUGGUGAGAUGUUCAUGCUGGAGAGGGGAGAAUACCCUCGCUGGGACACUUGGUCCAACAGCUACCGAUGUGAUCGCCUCAUGUCUGUCCGGCCCGUCAGAAUGGACCCACAGGACCAUAACAUCUGUCUGUAUGAGUGCAUGAACUUUGAUGGUCGUAAGAUGGAGGUUUCUGAUGAGGACAUCCCAAGUUUGUGGUGCUAUGGCUUCCAGGACAGAGUCGCCAGCAUUCAAGUAAAUGGUGGAACUUGGGUGGGAUACCAGUACCCUGGCUACCGUGGAUAUCAGUACCUGUUUGAAUUUGGAUCCUAUAAACACUGGAAUGAAUGGGGUGCCAAUCACCCCCAGAUCCAGUCUGUGCGCAGAGUGAGGGACAUGCAGACGCAUCACAGAGGCUGCUUCGAGAUGGCAUAA